GUCGGAGAGUGUGAUGCACACACACUAGACCUGGCGACUUCUGAAAUCGCGUAUGCGGAAUAUGACAAUCAGUCUGGAGGUGCCACUCUUUCAGGAGCACAACAAGACCAAUACUACAGUUCUGAUCAGCUGCAGAUGCUCAAAACCAAACUACAAAUCUUCGAUCGUCUACAAUACAAAGGUUUCAGUACUACUAGCGCGGCUCUCGGUGAAGCACUCGCGGCCUCACUCAACCUCUUCGUGCCAUCUAGCAAACAGCAUGCUGAAGCUGACUCGCAGCAAGAAACUGUGGUCACGAAAGUAGAUUUACGUGUUUGGAGGGGCAACAAUAACGACAUCAAAAUGGGGGACCAGCAUGUAGUAGAUGACGCGAAGCAGCAUUUCAUGUCGCUCAUGACGCCCUACCUAUCCCAACUCCACCAGUGCACAUCAUUUGCCGUCGACCCUGAGUCGUGGAGUGUCACGGCAAAGGUGAUGGAUGACUUCGAGGACGGUGUGGCAGCUACGAUUAGGCCCAGCUUGGCGUUCUUCGCCUCCGGAAGCUCCCUUGAUAACUCCGAUGAGCUUCCCCCUCCGAUUUUUUUGAGGAUCGCACCGGCAGAUACACUCGUCAGCGAUGCACCAAAUGAAAAACGAUACUCCUUAUUCUUGGAGAAUGUUGCCACGGAAGCUGAAUUCGACGCACUACUAAUGCGUGAGGCACCGAAGCAUCGCUGGGGUGGUCCGACUGGUGCGCUUUAUGCUACGGGAACGAUCGAGAAAACUGAGCCUCAGAAUAUGCCGGUACUUACUUUUCAACGACACGUCGAAUAGCUACAAGGCUAAAAAAACGUUGUGACUCAGUAUUCGAUUUUGACUUUGAGGCAAGAUGCUGUCAUAUUAAUUUAUUAAGGAGCAUGGGUAUAAUCUGGAGCAUAAUGAUUAUUUAGAUGAUUCAAUAUAUUAUUAAUUAGAAGUCACCCUCACCCUCAACAACAACAUUCUAUAAUCUCUUCCUGACUGUUUAAUCUUGAUGUAUCUGUAAUAGACCAUACUAAGCCGGCCUGAGCUUGAGUCUAUCUUAGACCCUCUCAGUAUGUCUUACGUGAUGUCACCGAGGUAACAUAUACCAAACCUGCAUGAGGAAAGAGAAUGGAUAUCGUGCAGUCCUUGUCACGUCUUGGGUCGUGCUUGUUGUGUUGUUCUUGUUCUGUCUUGGUCGUUCUUCCUUCUUGUGCUUACUUAAGUAGUUAGCUAAGUAGGACGCUGACGCUGCGGAACUGGAUCAGAAGAUUUCGGAUUUCAGUGGGGAUUUGGGUCUUGUUUCGCAUUGGGUCACAUUCUCCCCCCGAAAUUCUCCUGAUGGGUUCCACAGUUGAAGAAAAACUUAACUAGUCAGCUUUUUCGUGUGGUUUUAGCUUUUGGCUACGGAAACAAGUAAGUCAACUAUAACUGUAGUAGCUAGCUUUUGAAACGUGUAGAAAGUUCUUCAAGUUGGUUGACUCUAGGUAGUACUUGGCUCGUGUAGUAACUUUGUCGAAGUUGUAGCGUGUUCGUUGUUUUAGGGUGAGUAGUUCGCUGGUAUGGUUCAAAAUAGGAUGAACUUCAAAGAAGAAAAAAAAAGUUAUCCACUAAGGUCAAAAAGUAUAGUUUUGAAACACUAUGGGAAUCUAUCUAGUUUCAUGAAGGUAGAAUAAGCGUUACUUGGUUGCUAAAAGUAACCCUUUUCUUCUUCUUCCCUUCUUCUUUACCCCCUUCUUCACCGUCUUCCUCGGUGCUUUUGCUUCGUUUCCUCGUCCGCUGACCUUCUCCGCUUAGCGACGAGUUCCGCGAUCUCCGCGCACCUGUAAGGGAAUUUAUUGUGGAAGGAAAACUAUGGCCCGCUCCUGUAGUCAGGUUAGUACCACUACGAGCACCAUACCACAUCAUCAAGAGAACCUCACCCGAUACUGGCUUUGUUAGAGCAUCGGCUCGCAUCAGAUGCGUCGGACAAUGCCGACAUCUGUCGACGAGCUCACUCACAAAGUGCAAUCGUGAGUGGUAGUGCUUACUACCCGAACGCCGAUGCUCCUGGGAAGUCUGCUCUAGGCUCGGCAUGUUAUCUACCCACGUCGGUGGGGUGUUUGUGUAAUCCGGGUUCCUGCACUUUGUGCCCGGAACAAUGUCAACAAAGCCUUGCGACUGCGCAAACUGGAUCGAUUCACACUUACCCACCGUCUCGGCGUGCGGUGUGGAGAGUGUCACAAUCGUUUGCCGCUUAGAUCGCCACGCCACUGGACAACCAUAGUAGGUCAUCAAGCUACCCGUAGUUGACUUGCUUGUAGAAGGACAACCCUGAGGAUCAGCAUCGCUGAAAAGACCCAUAGGAGACAUUUCGCCUAGUGAUCCAGCCUGAGGCCCGCUACCUUUAGCUGCCGCGACUCCGGCGUUCCAAAGUGGUCCAUAGGUUGCCUUGUAUUCUUCCCAGCUGUCCUGAGUCCACUCCACUCCCAGCUCAAGCGUCCCACGCAAAUAGCGCAUGACAUGUUUGAGCAUGAGUGUCUGUAGUUCCUCAAAAGGACAUCUUGCUGCAGCAUUCACCGCUUCGGUGAUGUCUAACCGACAAGACAACGCUAGAUACAGCAACUCACCAGCCACGGCUUUGUUUUGGAACUCGCCAGCCGCCUUCGCUUUCUUGGUAGGUUUCUUGGACGAGCUCGCCCCCGGCGAUCCGCUCUUGGUCCUUGCCUCGCUUUCACUCUGGCCCGAUGCCUCUUCCUGGUCGGUGUGGAUGACUGGAGCUUUGCUUCCAGCCUCUUUGACAAGCUUGCGCCACUCGUCCUUGUGCCGUUGCACGGACGGAGUUGGCUUGGGCUUCACGUCAUACAUAUUCCACUUCUUCAGGAUUUUGGUUGCUCGAUUCUUACCAUGGAACUUGAGUCGAUGAUAUGUUUUGUCAUCUCUCGUGUCCACCCGGUAAUCGAUGUCAACAUCUACUCCAACAAAGUCAAACGAGUGCCGCUCGAUAUUGUUACCGACCUCCUUUUUGGUUAUGUCCAUCUUUGUCGACCCGAAUUCUUUGCUGACCUGACCCACAUAGUCACUGGCGGAAAACUCACCUUCUUUGGCCGGUUUUCGCGCAGUUGCUAUGAUGUCGUCAACGUAACACACUAACAUGGCGCAGAGCUUCCCAUCUGCGUCUGUUCUGUAGUAGACUCCCCCCUCUCUUGGCAAUGGCUUCCACCCCCAGGACUGGAGUUUCGCAUCCGCCUUUUUAUGCCAAGCUCUCGGAGAUUGCUUGAACCCAUACAGAGCUUUUGUCGCAACCUUGAUUGGAUCUUCAUCCUCUUCGAGGAUUUCCUCUGGAAGUCUAAGAAGCUCGGGCUCCGGUAGGUCUGCCUUGAUAAAAGCCUGAGUCACGUCCGCGCCAUCGAUGUCCCAGCCAUGCUGUGCAGCAUGAACUAACUGGCAACGCAUGCUAGUAGUUGUUGGCGUUGGGGCAAAGAUCUCGGCUUUGGACAGAGAAUUCUGCGUCGAUCCAUCCGCCACUAGUCGCGACUUGCGCCGACCAUCGCGCUUCCGCACUCUUACCAUGUGCGCGCGAGCCGGUCUUUUACGGCGUCGCAGUCUAGCAUCUUUGGCAGGAUCCAGAUUUCUCCAGACUUUCAACUUUUUCAAGCCAUCGACCUCCUUUUUGUCCGCUUCCUUCCAUAGAUCCUUUUCAGGUCCCCGCGUGGCUUCUUUCCGUGAUAUGGGUCCAUGCCUACGGUCAGAAAUGGGAAUAGAAUCCAGCGCAGCCGCGUCUACAUACUGCAGCUUCUUCUUCUUGGGCUUUGUUCUAGCCACAGAGAGAACCUUCGCAGCAUCUCUAGACGCCCUGGCCUUGCGCUUUACUUUAUCCAGCGACCCUCGCGGCCGACCUCGACCUCGCUUAGGUGUCGCUCCGGAUUCAGAAGUUUCACCCUCUGAGUCUGUGCUUUUCUUGGCCAGCACUUUAGCCUUUUUCUUUACAGUGGUAGAGCCUCGACCUGACAUAGACUUUGCAAGACCUGCACGACCGGCGUUGACCAAUUCGCCUGGCUCGCUAGCAUUCCUGCCCAGAGCAGUUGCUUCAUUCGCCGGAGGAUCUACUACAUCUCUGUGCACUGUGGGAAGUGUUGUUUGGUCCAGAUCUUCUCCCUGGCUGUUGUCCUGCAACUUGUUAGCGCUCUCAGGUGCUACCGCGGCCCCGUCGCUUGGCAUAGUCUUAGGCAUGUCUACCGUCGGCAUACUAGACCCAGAAGACUCAUUUUGUCCCGAACUUCUUGCCAUCUCAAAAAGCGGCCUUUUCACACUAGCCGCGCCUAACAUCCGGAGCGCCUCACCAGUUCCAUAAGGUGGCUCCAUGUACUCAGCGCUUAAUGCAUCGGGCUCUGCUGUUGACAAUAGUUCCAUGAGUAGCUGGUCUUUAAGAUGCUCGAGGUUACUCACCUUGUAAGCUUCACAGAACUUAGCCUGUCCUGUCUCUUGUAAGACAAAUUCUCCUGCACUGUUGAAGUGGCAGUAGAGAAAUGCCGAGCCCUUUGGGCUGUAGCCUGCAAAGACAGCGGGAGCCCACCUGGGUGCGCUUUUGUCUGCAGGGUGAUCAUCAUACACGAAGCACAGCGUCCCAAACCGCCUCAAUUUGUUGAAGUUCGGCUUGCGCUUGUAUCUUCGCUCGUAUGGCGAUUGCUUGGUGGUCGAGCCAUCUUCUUCCUUGAAUUCGCGAUCUCGGAGACUGUAGAGAAAGGCCGCAGUCAUCCAGCAUAUAUCUGUGAGCCGAGCAUCUACUCCCCACAUCAAUGCCCUGACUUUGUUUCCACCUGUUCUCCACCACCUCUCAAUGCGUGAAUUCUUUGUAGGCUGGUACGGCGGGGAAAAGCUGUUGACCACGAUUUUCAACUCCGCCAAAACCUUCGCCCAUUUGAUGGUCUGGAAUUCAGGCCCGUUGUCAGAUCUGAUCUCAUCAGGAGGUCUCGUAUACCGACAGAUCUUUUGUAGCGCUUCAUCAGCAUGCUUGCUUGACUUCAAUGGUAGCACCAUGGGGGCCCGAUCGUAGUCGUCCAGUGCACCGAAAAGACAAGCAUUCCCAAACAUGCUUUUCUCCGAAGCUCGCUGACUGUCUUUCACGAGGUCCUUGAAAUCGACCUGCCAACGCUGAUUCGACCUCACAGGCUCCCAGGUUGUAGGCCGUUGCUUUUUCGCUGGUCGCUUUCCGUAGUCCUGUGUCGCUAGACACGCCGCACACCUGAUGCCUUUUGGCAAAGGAAGAAAAUGCCCCGACCUUUCAUGCUCCAAGAGACUUACACACAUGUCCUCUGUCGUUCUCAGCCCUGAGAUAGCGCAAAUCUGUCGCGGCAGUCCAGACUCGAAUUGGAGCACGAUGACCGGCAAGCCAUCCCGACUUACGCCCUGGUGUACAUCGCCCCUCGGUCCUUCUAACCGAACUCCGCCCGGAGGUGGGAAAGAAGUUAGGACACCUGCCUUCUGCAAGUUGCCAACAGAUAAAUACACACUACUCAGCGCCGGCUGAUACACGCCGUGGCGUAGUUCACGAAGAGAGCUGCCUCUGAAGACGCCCUCCCUCGCUGUUCCAGGGAUCUCUUCGCCCGAGGCUGUGUAUAGCUUGCACCUAGCUCCCAGGCGCUCGAAAUGAGAUAAGUACGGUGAACAGUGAGUCUCAGCCCCGCUAUCGACAAUCGCUUCGACCGACAGGUCUUCGUCCGCUGUCUUAGGUCUUGCGCGAAGGUGUCUAGCUAAGUUGCUGACCGACUUCACUCCCCCGAUCACAUACUUACUCACUUUCGUCUUCGCCCCUGACUGGGCUACCUGUGCUGUCUCAACUAGCACGAAGCUUCCUCCACCCGAGGAAGAUUGUUUUUGAGUUGGUUGAUUUGAGAAAAGGGAUUUUAUUUGCGGUUCUCUUGAUGAUUAAUUAGGUGGUAGUGGUGUGGGUGGUUGUUUGGUUGAAAGAGAGAGAAGCUGUAGCUUUUUUUCUAGCUCUUUUCUUUUACUCAAGUAAGGACUUCCUUGGCCCGGAUGUCGCAAGGCAUUUAGCUCCCCCGACGUUGAAUGUUCAAUAACAUUCAACGAAAAUUCUACGGCUAAACGCAAUGCUUGACUUGGUGCCAGGCGAAGGAGAGAAGUUCUUGCUUAUAUUUACCUACUCAGCAUCAAGAAAACUCUUUAAACAGAAGUACUCAAUCAUUCAAAUUAACUACUAGCGAGUGCAUUGAAACUAGCCCAGGCGAUGGCAGGAUGCUCCUUUAACAUCCCCCAUCUGGUGCAGCUAAUUUCCAUACGCAUAAGGUGGUAGCUGUUUUGGGAAAGUGAGGAGUUCUUUGGUUUCAAAAUGUAACUAUACUCUAACUGCGCUGUCGCUGUCAGCACCACUUGGAGAUAAUGAAUCUUCGUCACCUCCUUCGGAACCGUGUCGGGACUUAACCGAGUUUACUCUGUGUCGGCUUGGGCUGCGGCCUCGUCUGCUACUUCCUCCACGGACUCUACCUGGCGUCUGGUCUCUGCCCCGUCCUCCUCCUCCGUGCGAACGGUUUUGGGAGCGACUGCGGCUACGAGAUCGGUCUCGGUAGUCCCUGUCCCUGUGGUUGGAUCGGUAGCUGCGGCUGCUCGUGGCUGCACCCGUGUCACGCGUUGCCUUGCCGUGUUUAGAGCUGGAACCUCCAGUCUGGUCACCAAGGUUUUCACGCGCCGGACACUUCCAGAAUCCAUGGUCAUCCGUUUGACACAGACCACAUCUGAAAUUGGGUUUCUUGCCACCGCCCUUUUUCGGUUUCUUCGGUUGAUUCUUUGUAACCGCCAUUAUACUGUGGGACUUCUCGUCUCGCUUUCCUCCACUAACGACCUGUAAAGAAGCUUCUCGCUGCUUGAGGCUUGCCUCAACCGCGGUGAGACUGCAAUCUUUUUGGUCUAGCAGAUGCCUGCGGAGCCAAGUCCUUGUACUUUGGUCCUAGGUUUACAAGAAUCGUCGCGACCGCAAGAUCACGCGGCUCGAUCACGGGCAUGUCUCGCAAUUCCUCGCGAACGUUGGUCAUCAGUUGGCUUACUGACUUGGCCUCGUUCGAGUUUGCGACCGACAAUAGCCUCUGGAUUCGAGUGAUCUUUCCGGUUAGUCCUGGAUGCUCCUUCUCGGCCAUCAAAGUAGACAUGAUAAGAUGGACUGUCGUGUGAUCGUCCUGAUCUUUCUGUCGUACUAACCGAUGCGCCUCACCAUCCAGGGUAGCUAGCAAAGCACCACCGAGGGACUUUGCUUUUACCUUCAAACGUUCGAAUUCUUCAGACGGAGUGUCCUCUUCCGUUUUCUCUGGGCCGUUGUCUACGAAUUCAAUCAGACCAGCCUCAGCGAGAGCCUUACGGACAUCCACCCUCCAUGUCUCGAAACUCUUGGAGUAAGAAUCUCUGUUCGAACCGUUGAACUUCGUCACUUGCUGCAGCAUUUGCGUAGCGCGCUUGACGUCUUCGCGAUCGUCUUGUUUUGCUUUGUCCAACUUGUGACUUUUCGCUUUCUCCGCGUCGUUCUCGCGUGCUCUACGCAGUUCAGCUUGGUGAUUUUCUUGCAUGGUAGCAAACAUUCUGGCUGUUUGCUCCUGGUUAGCUUGCUUCGCCUGCUGUUGCUGCUGUAGGUGCAUUACAAGCUGUGCUUGCUGCUGUGCCGUGUUGUUUGCCAACUGCAGUAGUGCUGUGCCAAGGUCUACUUGCUGCAUUUGAGGUUGAGGCUGUUGUUGAAAACCACCGCCCCAGGAUCCCGGGCCGGGAACUGAACCGCCUGAGCCCACAGAGCCAAAGUUUUGCUGAAACCCGGCCUGCCCGUGCUCUGCUCCAGAUCCCAUCUGGUCCAACCCUGGCGGAUAUUGGCCUCCCUCUGCAGUUCCAUCGCCUGCACCUGCUCCCGGCACAACACCCGGCGCGCCUUCGUGGUAUCCACCUCCACCGUGUGGAUUUUCUUCUUCGCCGAAAACGCCACCCCCUUCGUGUGAAGGGUUUCCCGCUCCUCCGUGUUGGUCUUCGCUUGCCAUUUUCUUGCUCUUGCGUGCUUUUAAAAAUGGACUUUUUUCAGUGGUUAUUUAUGCGAUUGCUGUCGCUGUUUCUUACUUAUUUAUUUGGUUACUUUCUUGUUCAACACUUGUAAACUUGAGCGGAAAAAAAAAAUUAUUUACUUGGUUCAAAAAUGGUUGGUAUAUGAAUGUUAUAGACCAUACUAAGCCGGNCAUGAGGAAAGAGAAUGGACAUCGUGCAGUCCUUGUUACGUCUUGGGUCGUGCUUGUUGUGUUGUUCUUGUUCUGUCUUGGUCGUUCUUCCUUCUUGUGCUUACUUAAGUAGUUAGCUAAGUAGGACGCUGACGCUGCGGAACUGGAUCAGAAGAUUUCGGAUUUCAGUGGGGAUUUGGAUCUUGUUUCGCAUUGGAUCACAGUAUCUGACGAAAAAAUGUUUCAAGUUUAUCCUUCACACGAGUGAAAAUGGUUUCGCAAACUCUUCCACAGGGCGAAAAGCAAACCUGUCUCCCACGCGCGAUACAAAGGGCCGUGAGGGAUCUCAUGACAUUGAAGGCGGACUACGGAGCAUCUGCAUUGGAGGAUAAUGGAGUAUUAUCAGAUCCAGG